CCCGCGGCCUGGUCGGGUGGCCAAUGAGGAGAAGCUGCGCAGGGCUGUGGCGCCUCGGCAGUUGGCGGAGUCCGUUUUGCCUCUCGCGCCCUUCCCCCUCCUCCCCUGUGGUUUGAACCCGUCGCCGGCCUCGCGGCCUCCUCUCCUCCCGCGAGACUUUGGGGCCCGUCGGCGCGGUCGGAGCCAUGAGUGGGGACGGCGGGGACUGGGACCCCCCGGCCUCCAAGCAGCAGCGCCUCGACUCGGCCUGUCAGUCGCAGAAAGAGACCGAGGCUGCCCAGGCGCUGGCGGACAUGACGGCUUGGGGCCGCGGGCGCCGCGAAAACGCCGCCGGGCGGCAGGGGGCGCCCGAAACCGCCGCCGCGGGGAGCCUGGAAACCGCCGCCGGGCGACAGGGGGCGCCCGAAGCCACCUCCUGGGGGAGCCUGGAAACCGCCGCCCGGCAGGGGGCGCCCGGAACCACCGCCGCAGCUGACCACCCGAGCCCACCCGGGCGGGCCGACGGGAAAGCAGAGCAGCCGGGGGACGGCGAGGGCGGGAAAGAAGGGGAACUAGAAACCGCCGCCCGCCGCUCUAAGGGGGGCCUGGAAACCACCAAAGCGGAGGAGGACGAGGAGGCAGCGGGGGAUCACCGGGAGGGCAGGAGGAAGAGGAAGGAGGCCAGGGAGCGGCGGAGGGCGGCCGAGCGGGCUGCUGCUGCUGUUGCUGCUGCGGAGGACGAGUGCUCCAUCAUCUCGGUGGGUGAAGACGAAGAUGAAGAGGAUGGGGGAGGCCGGGGGGCGCCCACGCCACCCCCCAAGAUGGAGCAGUACCUGGAAGAGCUGGAGGCCGUGCAGCUGGAGCUGGAGGCGGUCAACCAACAGGCCAGCCGGGCCUUCACCCACCUCAAGGCCAAGUUUGGCCACAUGCGGCGGCCCCACCUGGAGCGCCGCAACCGCAUAGUCCAGAACAUCCCUGGCUUCUGGGUCACCGCCGUAUCCUCCUGCUGUGAGAGGGGAAGGAAGGGGUACCAAUAAAGUUGAACCGGUGGCAAUUUGCCCGCCUGCAGGGGCGGCGGCGGCAUCUCCAGGCCACGGAGAUCAGCCCCCCUGGAGAGCUGAUCAGCUCACCUGGAGAGAACGGUAGCUUUGGGGGGUGGUUGCAGCCCCCAAAGUGCCAGGAAUUUCCAACAUGGAGCUGGCUGCCCUGACUUGCAAAGAACACGUAGGAAAGCAGGAACCCAGCGGCACUGUAGAGACCAAGAAAGAUGAUUGUUUGGGUCUGUGUUUAAUGGGGUCACCCAGCUCCAGGUGGGGCCUGGUGAUGUUAGAAAUAUAAGUGAUUUUCAUGCAGGUGGCAAAGCUCAGUUCCCCUGGAGAAAACAGGGCAAACUGUGUGGCACCAAAUCCUUCCCCAGGCCCUACUCCUGGGAUUUCCUGGAAUGUCCCACUCUGCAGUUGGCAUCCUUAAGUCUUUAAUGCACUACUGGAUUCCUCAGAGAGAGCCAGCGUGGUGCAGUGGUUAAGAGCAGCCGACUCUAAUAUGGUGAACCUGGUUCUAUUCUCCAUGCCUCCCGUAUGAGCAGCCGACUCUAAUCUGGAGAAUCGCAUUUGAUUCUCCACUCCUCCUUCACAUUAGUGGCAGACCCUAAUCUGGUAAGCCAAGCUUGUUUUCCCAGUCCUCUGCAUGAAGGGUGACCCUGGGCUAGCCCUAGUUCUCUCCCAGACUUUCUCGACUCCACUAGCCUCAGAAGGCGAGGAGGGGAAAAGAAGGAAUUUGUAAGCUGCUUUUAGACUCCUUUCGGUAGAGACAAGCAGGGUAUAAAUGCAAACUCUUUGCCGCUGUUAGUUGUGAGAGGCUAAUACUGCUGGAAUGAACAAGGUUUUGUUUAAUACAUUUCCAGUCUUGGUGUGACAGACUGUGGUAACCCAGUUCUAACCCAGUUCUGACAUUUUUAGAGAUCCUGGGUAGAGGAAAGAUCUUCCAAAGCCCUGGAAGGAGUGACUGUCCUUGGAGCUGCAAAAUCUCUGAAGAACGAAAGCCCCAGAGGUGUAUUAGAGUUCCUGGUCAGUCAGUCACAAGCCUUUAUUGGCAUAAAAUAAACAUACAAAAUCAGCAUACAAAAUUUGCCCAUUAUUGCUCACAAUUAUAGACACUGGUACUAAAAUACUAAGUACUAAAAUAUA